AUGGGUCCAAAGAAAGUGAGUUUGAAGGACAGUGCAGAGAAGAAGAAGCGGAUGAUGUGCAUUGAAUUGAAGAAAGAAAUUAUAGAAAAACAAGAGCAAGGUGUGCGUGUAGUCAAUUUGGCAAAGCAGUAUGAGCGUAGCACUUCUACAAUCUGCACCAUACUGAAGCAAAAGGAGUCUCAGCAGACCCCAGGCACUUUGACAGACGAGGCAUCAGGCAAGCCGUUUAAAGCUAGUCGGGGCUGGUUCGAGAAUUUUAAAAAGAGUACCGGCAUUCACUCCGUUGUCAGGCAUGGUGAGGCAGCGAGCACGGAUAUAAAGGCAGCUGAGGAUUACCUCAAAACUUUUGCAGGAAUUAUAGCAGCCGAAGGAUACAUUCCCCAGCAAGUCUUUAACUGUGAUGAGACAGGACUCUUCUGGAAGAAGAUGCCAAGGAGGACUUAUAUAACAGCAGAGGAGAAGAGGAUGCCAGGCCACAAACCCAUGAAGGACAGGCUAACCCUCGCACUGUGCGUCAAUGCGAGUGGUGACUGCAAGAUUAAGCCGCUGCUCAUUUAUCAUUCGGAAAACCCCAGAGCCUUUAAGUCAAAAAAGAUUAUGAAAGAAAGACUGCAGGUUAUGUGGAGGGCAAACCCGAGGGCGUGGGUCACCAGGCAGUUCUUUGUGGAGUGGGUGAAUUUGGUCAUUGGUCAUGAAGUUAAAAAAUAUCUCCAGGAAAAUAACCUACCUCUGCAAGCCCUUCUCAUCCUGGACAAUGCACCUGCUCACCCACCUAACCUUGAAGAAGACAUCCUCGAAGAGUUCAGGUUUAUAAAUGUUCUCUAUCUUCCACCCAACACCACCCCUAUCCUGCAGCCCAUGGACCAGCAGGUGAUUUCUAAUUUUAAAAAGCUCUUCACCAAGCACCUGUUCCACUGCUGCUCUGAGGUGACGGAGAGCACAAACCUCACCCUUCGAGAUUUCUGGAAGGGCCACUAUAACAUUGUGAUAUGCCUCAGAAUUAUUGAUUUGGCCUGGCAGGGUAUUACAAAGAGGACAUUGACCUCUGCGUGGAAGAAGCUGUGGCAUGAGGUUGUGUCUGGAACGGAAUUUGAAAGACUUGAAUACAAAGCGGCAGUGGUGGAGGAGAUUGUAUCCCUCGGCAAGACCAUAGGCAUGGACAUGGAUGAAGGUGACAUCAAUGAGCUCAUCGAGGAGCACUCUGAGGAACUGACAAUGAAGGAGCUAAAGGAGCUACAGGCACAGCAGCACACAGAGGUUUUGCAGGAAAUAAGUGACGCAGAGGAGGCGGAGGAAGUUAUCUCUACAAGUGAGAUAAAGGAAAUGUUGGGAAUGUGGGAGAAACUUUCAGACUUUAUUCAAAAGAAACACCCAGAAAAAGUUUCAACUGGGCGCGCGACUGCGCUAUUUAAUGACACUUGCAUGAUGCAUUUUAGAAACAUUCUGCAAGGGAGGAUGAAACAUUCCUCAUUGGACAGGUUUUUUUCGAAAACCUCUGCAGAUGAAAGUGAGGAAGGUGCGGCGAAAAGGGCAAAAAUCAGUGAAUAA